AUGGGAUCUAGCGAUGAUGAAUUCCAUGGAUUUGGUUCUGAAGCAAAGCAAAAGCAUAAUGGCGAAGUUAAAGAAAGAAAAAGAAGCAUGUUCUCAAAGGAAGAGGAUGAAAAACUCAUUAAAUUAGUGAAUUUCUAUCACAAAAAGAGGGUUAUUAAUUGGACAGUUGUGUCACAACAAAUGGGUACAAGAAGUGUAAGACAAUGCAAGGAGCGCUGGAUGAAUUACCUCGACAAUCGAAGAAACAAAUGCGAAUUCACACCAGAAGAAAACUUAUUUAUACUUAACUGUGUUGAGAAGAUUGGCCAUAAGUGGUCAUUUAUUUCAUCUCAAAUGAAAAAUAGAACAAGUAUUUCAAUUAAAUUGCAAUAUAGCAAAUUAAUGCGCCGCAAUGUAAAUGUGAACAACGUGUUAGAUAUGACUUCAGAUGCAUCUAAUAGCAAGCCAUAUCAACCGCCUACCGUUGUCAAAAAAGAAGAGAAAUUUGAGACAAAAAUUGACAAUGAGCUUUUCCAAUCAAUCUUUGAUUCAAUUGAUUUCAAUGAGUUGGAAAAGUCAGAGCUAUCGUUAAUGUGA